ACCCAGAGGAAGCCCUGGAAGGUGUUUUGCGUCACUGGCCCGAGUUGCCUAGCACUGCUGGGACCGUAGAGAGGGGGCACCAGCUCCGGGGGCUUGGUGGCUUUUUCCCCUUGUGUGUCCUGUUUGAGAGCCAGACGUCGCUGAGGACCCAGCAGAGGAGCAGCUGAGGCGAUGGCAGCCGAGGCAGGGAUGCUCGAGCUGCCCUUCAUCCGCGAUGACCAGCUCACCCGGUGCAUGCGGCUGCGAUUCCAGAGCCUGCAGCAAAAAAACAUGAGGCCCCAGGACGGCGAGAAGCUGCUGCGUCCCAACGAGCACGUCUACCGAGUGGAUUUCAUCCGGCAGCACAACCUGCGUUUCCUCCGCUGGAACAUCCAGCUGGAGAAACCUGGGAAGGUCACAGUGACCGGCACCUCCCAGCACUGGACUCCUGAUCUCACCCACCUUAUGAACCGGCAGCUGCUAGAGCCGGUGGGCAUCUUCUGGAAGAAGGCAGGGGCCAAGGAGGUGGAGUGCAAUGAGGCAGAUGCCCAGGAAUUUGGGGAGCGGAUAGCGGAGUUAGCCCAGAUCCGCAAGGUGAUGUAUUUCCUCCUCACUUUCACCGACAGUCUCAAACCAGCUCAGCUGAAGGGCUCCAUUGUUUUUAGAGCCUGAUCCCCCUCCUGCUCAGCCCUUCUUGCUCCAGCUAUGCUUUUGGUUUUGUUUUUCUUUCUCUCAGUUCAGUUCUUUGUUCAGUUUUUAUGUGGUUUUUGGGUUGUGGGUUUUUUUUUUUUUUGAAUGAGGGAUGGCAUCGCGAAAAAGUGGAGGACAGCUCAACGCUUUGGAGCCCCUCAGCCCUGCGAAAUGGUCCAUAUACGUGCUGUCCUCUGAAUGAUGGGGAGGAGGGGGCCAUGAGCUUGCGGCUGUAUUUUCCUAGAGUACAAUACUGCGUGCUUGUGAAUUCAGCAGGGAUUCAACAGGUUUGACUGGCACAGGGUCUUGCAGGCUUGGAAAUACGAGGCUGCCCUAAGCCCUCCAGGUGUGGCAAUGGCAUACCAGAAGACUGAAGGAAAAAUAAGAUACUGCCAUACUAGAAACAGGAGAGAUAACCUGGAGAGAGCCCUGGCUUCCAGUUUCCGUCCUAAUCAUUAAAAAGGGAGGGUUUGUUUGUGAUGGAGUGCUUCUCCCUGCAGGCUGCAGUGACUCCUGCUGUGACUGUGGCUGCUUGGUGUCUCUGAAGACCAGUCCCAUGGAGAAUCACCUUGCUGUGAAGCUGAAGUACAUUUGGACAUGCUGUUUUGCAGAUGGCAAACCCACUGGACAAACUGGUGCAGGGAGGUUGGACCACCCUUUUCCUAGCAGCUGCCACCAUUUCUUGCUGGGGGUCACUGUGGAGAGGUGUACUCCAUCACGUUGCUCUCCUUGUGCUGCCUGGAGAUUGUUGGUCCUCAGAUGGCUUGGAGCAGAUGUGCAUGUGUGUGCAGAGCUGGGAAGGCAAGCCAGCAGCCAAGGGCAGGCUGUAGGUCUGAGCCAGCAAUGAGUCCCCUGCAACAAAAGCAAUCUGUGCAUUGUCAUGGCCUUAAAGCAUGCAUGAAUAUAUUUAUUCUGAAACAUCUGUAGAGAGCCAUGAGGUUGCAGAGCACUUUGCAAACCACAGAGAAAGAACCUACUGCUGCUGUCCCCAAAAAGCAGUAUCUCCUACCCUCUAUAAAUGCCGAGGCAGGGAGCAGUGUCUGGGUGGCUGUGGGAGCAGAGGAGAGAUGGUACCUUUGCCAGUUUAGGAGCAGGAGGAUGUUUUGUGCCUGGCUUGUCCCGUGACUGUGAAUAAACUACUAACUUCAGAUGUUCCCUUUUCCUCCACCAAAAAUUGGAGGGUACUUUGGUGAAGCUUCUUGAGACCCACAGCCAGAAAUGUCCUUUGAAAGAGCCAAGUAUUAUUGCAGUUGGUCCCUUGCUAUGAUUGCACUCAAACGUGGGUGCAAGGUAUGGCCUGAGAUUUUCAUGAGUUGUGUAGGGGGAAGGCAGUGAUGGGAGAGCCAGGUGAUUUUGUACCCGUGGCUUGCUGACUUGUGCAGACCAUCCCCAAAAGAGUCCAACCUCUUCUUCAAAGCCUCCAGAGAUGCAGACUCCAUGCCCUGCUCAGCCCAACAACAGUGUAUAACAUGAUAUGCACAAGAUCCACCAAACACAGAGGAGAAGGAAAGCAGGAAGAUCAGCUACUAGCUGGAGAGAUGGUGGGAGUUUUGGGUCUUGCCCACAACCAAAGCUCAGCAACAAUCAUACAGCCAUGCCAUGGGCAUUUCCAAAGAAGUUACGUCUUUGUUUAUAUCCCAAGAAAUGCUGGACUCAGUGAGGAGAGAUAAGAGUGGAUGCAUCCCUGCUUGGACAUAGUGUGGACCCACUGUGGUUCAAACCCACUUCUAGGGUCCUGGCAGACUUUCCCGUAGGAGACCACUCCUUGUACAACCCCAAGCAGAGCUCCUGACUACCAACCAGAUUAGACCAAAUAACAGGAGCCACUGCUAACAUCCAAAGGGGUUUUUGCAUGCCGGGUCUCACAGUAUGCCAUUGCUACGUUGCUCGUUGCUGGGGUGGAGUUCUUGCUGCAGAUACCUCGCUGAGUAUUGAUGUAUCACAGUAAAUAAAAUCC